GAGCAGCGACCUCGCUAAGCAGAGCCGAGGGUGACCCGGAUGAUGGCGGCCGGCGCGGCCCUGGCCAUGGCUCUCUGGCUAUUGCUACUGCCGAUGGGGGUAGGCGGGGCAGGACCUCCGCCGAUCCAGGACGGCGAGUUUACAUUCUUGCUGCCCGCGGGGCGGAAGCAGUGUUUCUAUCAGUCGGCACCGGCCAACGCAAGCCUCGAGACCGAGUACCAGGUGAUUGGAGGUGCCGGGCUGGACGUGGACUUCACCCUGGAGAGUCCGCAGGGUGUGCUACUGGUCAGCGAGUCCCGCAAGGCUGAUGGGCUGCACACGGUGGAGCCCACGGAGGCCGGUGACUACAAGCUGUGCUUCGACAACUCCUUCAGCACCAUCUCAGAGAAGUUGGUUUUCUUUGAGCUCAUCUUCGACAGUCUGCAGGACGACGAGGACACCGGGGGCUGGGCAGAGGCUGUGGAGCCUGAGGAGAUGCUGGAUGUCAAGAUGGAGGACAUCAAGGAGUCCAUGGAGACCAUGCGGACGCGGCUGGAGCGCAGCAUCCAGAUGCUGACGCUGCUGCGCGCCUUCGAGGCCCGGGACCGGAACCUGCAGGAGGGGAACCUGGAGCGCGUCAACUUCUGGUCGGCCGUGAACGUGGCGGUGCUGCUGCUGGUGGCCGCGCUGCAGGUGUGCACGCUCAAGCGCUUCUUCCAAGACAAGCGCCCCGUGCCCACGUAGCCC